UGUCUUUACAUAGCUCUGGUCAGGAAAUUUACCUAUUUAUUAUUUUAUUCAGUUUUCAUCUCAGUUGUGUAUAACGGCCUUUAAGGCUCAUCAUCACUUCAAACUUUGAAAUUGAAUUUUCAAACUUGUUUUGUAUCAUGUUUUGAGUCAUGCCCUCAAUAUUUAAAACAUUAAUAAAUCCUAGUACCUGGAAAGUAUUACUUAAGCAUCUAAUAGUUUUAGGUGUUCUCAUAGAAGGCAAAGUCAACAAUGAUUAGUAAAAAUGCAAUCUAGAUUAGACAAACUAUUUAUAUUGCUCGAUACUGGAGCAAACAUUAUUACAAAACAAGCUGCUGCAGAGCAAUUGGGAGAAGUACAACGCUUGCACCCGCAUGAACUGCAUCACCUAUUAGCAAAAGUAUCUCGUCUAUUAAAAUCUGUACAAUGGGAUACAAGAAUCGCUGCUGGUAAUGCAAUUCAUUCCAUUCUCUCACAAGUUCCUCAGUGGAAUCCAACACCUGCUUCGAAUCAAGAUGACUUUGAAAAAAAUGCAAAUUGGACUGAUACCUCCUCGAAAUUAAAUUUUGAAACUUUUGAUGUCGAAAAAGUUGUAACUCAAAAUUUAUUAGUAGCUGCUGAAGAAACAGAUCUUGACGUUGAUUCGAGUAUCGUUAAAUCAAAUUGGACUGAUCAAAGAGAUUUUUCGGAUAUUUAUUCAUCCUUUCCAGUAUCCGAUGUUGACAAACUGAAUAACAAACAUCUUAAAGAUGAUGUUUUUUACUUUUCAUGUGCUGAUUCAAACUUAUUUAAUGAUCAAUCUUGGACCUUAAGUAGAAGGGAAGUUAAUAAGGUUCGAAGAAAAUCAAAAAACUCGAAACAAAACUUUUCCGAAGCAGUGAAUACCAAAGAAACUAAGUUCUCGAUUGAAAAUGAUCCCAAUUUUAGUGAUACAUAUUGUAAAAAUAAUGAAGAAACAUCAGUUAAAAGAAUGAAAAUCGAACAUGAUGAUGCGAAGUCAUGGUAUGAUUUUGAUAAUGGUAAUGUAACUGACCUCAGGUGUGUGACACCAGAUGGGCCUAAGUCAUGGCCAGACUCUGCUAUUUAUUGGCCGUUUGAAGCUUUUGUAGAGAAUCUUCUUCAAGAUUUAUUUAGUUCAAAAUGGGAAAUAAGGCAUGGAGCUGCUACAGGAUUAAGAGAAAUAAUAAAACUCCAUGGAAAAGGAGCUGGGAAACAGAGAAAUCAAACUAUAAAUGAAAUGAAAGAAAGUCAUUGCAAAUGGAUAAUAGACGCCACACUUCGAAUUUUAAGUGUUAUAGGUUCUGAUCGGUUUGGUGAUUUCGUAUCUGACCAAGUUAUUGCUCCCGUUCGGGAGACUUGUGCUCAAGCAUUCGGUUUUCUGGUUUUUUUGAUACCAAAUGAAGAUUCUAGCCAAACUAAAAAUAUUUAUAUUUCGAAUUUAUUAUCUAUUCUCAUAAAAAUGCUUGAUAGUAAUGCAUGGGAACCAAGACAUGGAGCACUUUUAGCUCUUAAAUAUUUGCUCAUUAUUAGAAAUGAUCUACAUGAUGAUUUAAUUCCUAGAAUAUAUCCAGUGUUAUUAAAAAGUCUUACAGAUCCAGUUGAUGACGUUGGGGCUAUGGCUGCAAGUGCACUCAUUCCAAUAGCUCCAAGUUUAAUGAAACAUUUAGAUAUCAAAAGUAUUGAAGAUAUCAUGCUAAAUUUAUGGGAGUUGAUUGAAGAACAAGAUGAUUUAGCUACAGCUUGUAACAGUUUCAUGGAGUUACUGGCUGCAAUAACAUCAUCUAUAGUACUUGUUGAUUCUAAUUUUUCAUUCCAAGCUGUUAGAAAGAUUUUACCGCGUCUCUGGCCUUUUCUUCAUCAUGCGAGUUCUAAUGUUCGAAAGGAAACUCUAGAAACAAUUAUGAUUUUAACCUCGAAAAAUGGAACGACAGAAUUCAAUUUGGAAGAUUUUUAUUGGAGGGAUUAUGUCACGAUAUUCCAAAAAAUACUACAUAAUGUUUAUCAGAGGGUUCUUGUUGAACAUAUCCCAUCUAUACAAACACUUGCAGAAAAAGCAUGGGAGCGUAUGCUUUCCGAGAGUCAUCUUGAUCUUAUUUUACAUGCAACUUGCCCACUUAUUAGUACUUGGUUUUGUCUUUGUAUGCAGCCACAUAAUGUUCCUUACAAUACUUUUGUAUUGAAAUUUAAGAAAAGUAAAAAAAAUAAUAGUAAUGAAAAUUAUAGCAAUGAAAUUUACAGUAAUGAGGAUUUAUCAGAUGGUUUAAAUUUUCCAUCAACGGGUAAUGUGAUAUAUAUCGGUGGCAUAGAAACAGUUUCAGAAACAUCAAGAAAUGUAAGCGUCAAUCGAGCUCGCUGUGCGGCUGCAAGAAUGCUUGGAUUAUUGUCAACCUAUAUAAUCAUGCCUGCUCCUAGUACAGUACAAAAUUUUGAAGAUUCUCAUCCUUGUAUGUAUUAUGCAAAAAUAUUUUUAGUUCAUUUGAAUUCUAAAUCCGCUAUACAAAGAAUGAUGAUUGGUUUGAUUAUGACACAAUGGGCAAGGCAUCAAAUUCAAUUACCAAGUUUACCAUCUCUACUUCGAGAUCGAUUAUUGAAGUGCUUAUCUGAAUAUCCACACUAUGAUGAAAUAGCAAAUAGACUUUACCGAUUAUUUCAAGAAUAUAGAGAAUAUCAAAGUCUCUUGCAAGAACAUUUUAUUAGUUUUCCGAAAGAGUUCAAUGAAGAUGAAGUAAUAUCAACAGAUCAAUUACUAGUUUUAGUGUCAUCACCGAUUCCAUUUUCAGAUGAGAGCAAAAAAACGUGUCCGCUAAAAACAAAAAUAGAUUCUGUUACAUAUAAAAACUUGGACGAAAGAAGAAAUCUAAUAAAAAAUGAUGUUUUAAUUUGCGCUGCUCAACAACAAGCACUACAUAUAAUGGCCAAUGCUGCUCUAGCAGGAGCGGUAAUUAGAUUUGAUUUUAUUCCUAGUUCACCUGAACCUUUGAAUCCUCUUAUUAAACCUCUCAUGGAUUCAAUAAAAAAAGAAGAAAAGGAAGAAUUUCAAAAAUUUUCAGCAAAAAAUUUGGCGGUUUUAGUAAGAAAAUGUAUCUCGCGUAAACCAUGCCCGAAUUCAAAGAUUGUAAAUAAUUUAUGUAGGUAUCUCUGUUCCGACACAGAUAAUACACCAGUUGUAGUGACAUGCAGUGAUGGUAACUCUGAUCAUUUUAAUGGUAUUAUAACAUUAUCACACAACUUAAAGUGUCAAGCAAAAGAAACAGCUGAAAAGUUGACAGAUGAUACUUCUGUAGAAUGUGAUAAUUUAGCUGUUAGUACACCAAAAAAUUCUGCCGAAAUCAGAACAAGGGGAGCAAUUUAUGCCUUAAGAGCAAUUGCUGAUGAAGUUGGAGCUGAACUUCCUACCAAACUAGCUGACUUUUGGAAGCUUAUUUUACCAGAAAAUUUGACGCAUUUCGGUAUCGAUAAUAAUGAUUUAUUGAUAGAAAAAAAUAAUCAAUUGAUAUAUAACCUGCAAAUUCUAGAAGUGAUGUUGCCAAGUUUGGAAAACUCUUUGUAUGAACAUAUAUUAAAAUACAUACAAAAUGUAUGUUUACUAUUAUCAAAUCCAUAUAAGGCUGUGAGAAAUUUGGCAUCACGUUGUAUAGCUGCCUCAGCAUCUCGCAACUCUAAAAAAACUAUACCAGCUGUACUCAACAAAAUUAUUGAAUUUCUCGAUCCUAAAAAUGAUGCGAAUCCGUUAUGUAAAACACAAGAAUCAAAAACUUACUGUCGACAAGGAGCUGUUGAAGUAAUUGCUUGUAUUGUAGAUGAAUGCAAGCUUGAAAUAGUACCUUACAUAGUGCAUUUUCUGAUCCCAUUAUUGGGUUGUAUGAGUGAUAACAAUGAGUCAGUACGUUUAUUAAGUAGUGUCACAUUUGCCAGCCUGAUACAAAUGAUUCCUCUAGCUACAAAUAUAUUUUCUACUAAUGAAAUUAAUGAAAAAAAAGAGGAAUGGCAGUUCCUGAAUCAACUUUUUAACCCUCAGAAAAUUCCUCAAACUAUUCUUGAUGUUCCUGUGUCUGUAAAGUUGCGAAGUUAUCAACAAGAAGGACUUAAUUGGCUUGAUUUUUUAAAUCGCUGUAAACUGCACGGAGUUCUAUGUGACGAUAUGGGACUAGGUAAAACUUUACAAACUCUAUGCAUAUUAGCUGUAGAUCAUCAUCGUACACCAAACGUACCACCAAGUAUUAUAAUUUGCCCACCGACUCUUAUUGGACAUUGGAUUGGCGAAGUUGAGAAGUUUUUUCAUGAAAGUAAUCUUAGUGCUAUUGCCUACAUGGGAAAUCCUCAAGAACGUGAAAAAUUACGUUGUCAACUGACUAAAUUCAAGUUAGUUGUCUCGAGCUAUGAUGUUAUAAGAAAAGAUAUAUUGUUACUAGAAAAAUGUCAAUGGAACUAUUGCAUUCUGGAUGAAGGACAUAUAAUAAAAAAUAGUAAAACUAAAAUCUCUCAAGCUGUCAAGAAGCUAUGUUCCAAUCAUCGGUUAAUUUUAUCUGGAACACCUAUUCAGAAUAACGUUCUAGAACUUUGGUCAUUAUUUGACUUUCUUAUGCCAGGAUUUCUUGGUUGUGAAAAACAGUUCAUUAAAAAAUAUUCUAAGCCAAUUUUGGCUUGCAAAGAAUCUAAGGCUGGAAAAAAAGAAAAAAAAUCAGCGGUAGAAGCCCUGGAAUCAUUACACCGUCAGGUGUUGCCGUUUCUAUUAAGACGUACCAAAGAAGAUGUUUUGACAGAUCUUCCUCCAAAAAUAACUCAAGAUUAUUUUUGCGAUCUUUCGCCAUUGCAAAAAACGUUAUAUGAAGAUUUUCAAGUAAAAAAUACAAUUUUAGUCAACAAAAUUGACAUAAAUGCUGCAAAAUCUUCUGGACAUAUUUUUAAAGCUUUGAGGUAUCUUAAAAAUGUUUGUAAUCAUCCAAAAUUAGUGUUAACAUCAGAACAUCCUGAGUACAGUAAGAUUCAAAAUCAGUUGAAAAACGUAAAUUCUGAUUUAUCAGAUAUCGAGCAUGCUGCUAAACUACCUGCUUUAAAACAACUAUUACUCGAUUGUGGCAUUGGACAAUCUCAACAAACUAAAGAUUAUCAAAAUUAUUAUAAUUUAACAGAUGAAACACUGUCUGAAUCAAAUUUCCUUUUUGAUAUUGUAAAAAAAAAUCAUUUAGUUGGACAACAUAGAGCAUUGAUUUUUUGCCAAUUAAAAAAUAUGUUGGAUAUAAUAGAAAAAGAUCUAUUUCAAAAACAUCUACCAACCGUUACGUAUAUGCGCAUUGAUGGAAAUGUUUCAAUUGCAGAACGGCAAUCAAUAGUAUCGCGUUUUAACGCAGAUCCUUCUAUUGAUAUAUUACUACUGACAACUCAUGUUGGUGGCUUAGGUUUAAAUUUAACAGGAGCUGAUACUGUUAUUUUCUUUGAGCAUGAUUGGAAUCCAAUGAAAGAUUUACAAGCUAUGGAUAGAGCUCAUCGUAUCGGUCAAAAAAAAGUGGUCAAUGUUUAUAGAUUAAUAACGAAGCAAACAAUUGAAGAGAAAAUUAUGAAUUUACAAAAGUUUAAAUUACAUACCGCUAAAUCUGUAGUGAAUAUUGAAAAUAAAUCCUUGAAAUCAAUGCACAAAGAAGAGAUAUUGGACCUGUUCAAGUUGGAUAAUAGCCGCAAAAAAAAACAAAACACUUGUUCUGAAGAUAACAUCGAUAAUAAAAAUGUAAAUUUAGGUACGAGCAAAUCUGUAUCUGAAUUCUUAUCAACAAUUUCUGAAGGUUAUGAGUAUGAAGAGGAAUAUGAUAUCAAUUCAUACAUUGUAAAUUUUAAAUCAUUUUUGGGAAAAGAUGAUGAAUAA